GGAUCCACGACAAUUUUGCUGUAUUUUAUUCUGUGCUUAAUUGUUACAUUUAGCGUUGAUGUGUGUGUGACAAAGAUGAGUAUUGGACAAAUCGCGGGAUGCAACAUUUAACUGCCAAAUGAAGGACGAUUCCAUAUUUUACGGGACGGGUGGCAACCCUACUGUCGGGUGCAGAUGUGCAUGUCUACAGACGGAACCAAAUUUAGGCCCACUUCCUCUGUCGGAACCUCUCACUGUGACACCAGGAGGACGUAAACAACAAAUAGCUAGCCGCUUCGCUCCUGUGAGUGAGCAGGAAGUGGGUUGUGUUGCGGUGUGUGAGCGGAAUCUCUGAGCUGUUGGAGUAACAAUGCCUUCAGUUCAGUAUCUGAGAGAGUUUAUCAACGAGCGACUAACUGCUGCUGCUGAAGAAAUAUUCACAGAGUUUGAAAAAACGAUCGUCCAGUACGAGGAAGAGAUCGACCGUCAGCGCAGACUGCUGGAUAUCACCUGGAAACCCGAAAUAAAGCUGCGCAGGACAGACCUCCCACAGCAGCGUGAUGUUAAGGAGGAGGCUCUUCCUGAGAAGCAGCUCUUUAACUUGGAGAGGAGCUCCAGUGUGGCCCAGGAAGAACCAGAACCUCCACAGAUUAAAGAAGAAGAGGAGCAGCUUUUACUGAUGGAGACCGACGCUGUCACGGUGACUUCUGUUUACUGGGAAAGUGACCACGUUGAACCAGAAGCAGACAGCGGGCAGCUCCUCUCCCACAGCUCUGCUGUAGCUGGGAAACGAGAUCAGGAAGGAUGGAGACAUGUAGACUCAGGAUGUGUGGAGAGCUCUCCAAUGUUGGAGACUUGCUACCUCCCACACCAACACAUUUAUAAGGAGGAGGAGGUUCUCACUGAGCAGCUCUGUAACCAGGUGAGGAGCUCCAGUGUGGCCCAGGAGGAACCAGAAUCUCCACAGAUUAAAGAGGAAGAGGAAGAGCUCUGCAGCAGUCAGGGGGGAGAGCAGCUUGUAGUGGGGCAGGAGAGCCAUCCCUUCAUGGUGACUGCUACUUAUGAAGAGCACAUAAACAGUGUGAACAGCUCUCACAGGUUAGAGAGCCGCUGUGUUACUGACACGGGUAAGAAGUGUGUGAAAUGUGAUGUUUGUGGAAAAGCCUUUCAGCACAGGUCCCGGAUGAUAAAACAUCGGAGGAUCCACACGGGUGUGAAGCCGUACGCCUGCGGGACCUGCGGCCGGCGGUUCUAUGAGAUUUAUUUCUUGAAAUAUCACGAAAGAAUCCACACGGGCGAGAAACCAUAUUCCUGCGAAACCUGCGGAAAAGGUUUUGUCAGGAGUGAUAAGUUGGUGCUCCACAUGAGGACCCACACAGGCGAGAAGCCGUAUUCUUGUGAAAUGUGCAGCAGAAGUUUCAUUCAGAGUCGGGACUUAACGGUCCACAUGAGGACGCACACGGGGGAAAAGCCGUAUUCCUGUGAAACCUGCAGCAAACGUUUUGGCCGGCGUGGCCAUCUGCUGAAUCACAUGAGAAUUCACACAGGCGAGAAACCAUACGCCUGUAAUGCCUGCGGAAAACGAUUUAAUCAGUCGUCCACGCUGAAAAACCACAUAAGGACGCACACGGGGGAGAAGCCGUACACCUGUGGCACCUGUGGGGAAAGAUUUAUUCAGUCGGCAAUGUUAAAAACUCACAUGAGGACUCACACAGGUGAGACGCUGGACUGUAAAAUGUGCAGGAAAAGCUUCAGUCAGAACAGCCACUUGUUGCGCCACAUGAAGAUUCACACGUGAGACGUUGCCAGCCUGAAACACCCAAGGGGGGAAAAGGUGUGAAAGAAUUCAGAAGGUUAAAGUCAGAUAAUUUCAAGUGUAUUAAUGUGAUUUCUCAAAUCUGAGUGUUGAAAAGCACUUUAUUCUUCUUAAUAUUGUUAAUAAAUUAAAGCUCUUCAGUCACAGUAGCCUCUGCUCAGAGAGGACGGCGCUGAGGCGUCCUCCUGUGGUCUCAGUGCUGAUGGGGAACCUGAACCUUUCAGCUUUGCUCCUUUGCACACAAAAUGUAUGUAGAGAUGUUUUUUAUGUAUUUGUAGCUGUAUGUUUAAUGAAAUGAUUUUUAGGAUGUGAGUUUUAAUUCCGUUUCAUUCAUAUAGCACCAAAUCACAACAACUGUCACCUCAAGGCUCUUUAUUUUGUUGGGUAAAGACCCUGCAAUACUACAUGUGGUAGGGUGUACUCCACCUCUUGUUUGAAGUGGCAGUAGAUGACCUUUUAACCCGGCUGUGUUUUUACUUAAUCAGUAAAAAUUAAGGAAGAUAAACAUCGUUUUAAAACCUGUUGUGAAUGCAGUUUUUAUCUCUGAAUUUCCACGGUCACUCCACAAAGCGACCGAGGUAAACAAACUUGUUCUGCUUUGCGUUGUUGUGCGAUCAACUAUUCAUUUUCCUGGAAAAUAUCCCUCUUAGAACCAGACAUUGGAGCAUGUGGAUCCUGACUCAUAAAGUUUGCUCGGGUGUCUGUGACGGUGGGCCGAUCACUUAAGUUCAGUGUGGGUUCAGCAGGUCUCAGCUGUUUUGGAUGUGCUGUGCAGACUGCAGCUGCAACUACAUGGGCCAAAACUGACGGAGAAGCUGAACUGUUAGCUGGACCAUUCACAGAUGAGGAAAGAGUCGGUUUUGGCCCCCAGGCUGUGAGGUUAAAACCACUCUGUGGAAAUGAAUCCCCAAACUGAAUGAAAAAAGCGGCAUCUGUUCCUGCAAGUUGGUGUCAUUUACAUUUACUUUAUCAUUACAGGUUUGAGCAAACUAAUAAAGAAAAAAUGUUUAUUGCCACUUUGAUAAUGAGACCAGCUGCCUUACAACAUCAUCUGCGGCCAUUUUCCUGUCAUUACACUUUGGAGUUGAAUGUAAAAACUUUAUGUGUAUGUGUAA